GUUCCUUAUAUAGCCCUCAUGCGCGCCAGAAAGUGGUGACUUCAAUCUUUCAUAGUAUAAUAGCAUUACUUAGAGCAGUGAGCUUGCAUGCUACAAAUGCACUUGCAUUGCUGAGAUACAAACCACAUUUCUGGGAAGAAUGGCCAAGAGAGCGGAGCUACCAGAGCCCACAAAGGGUGCAGAUGUUGAUGUCCCCCGGAGCUACCAAUCGCUGGAAGAUGUUUAUAUCAACAGCCAUGCCGUGUUUAUGGGUUACAUGUGGAUGGCCGGGAGGGGACUGGGUUUUCUCGUGUUUGUCUGGAUCACCGUCGUCCUCCUCGGAGGCUUUGUCUCCAUGCUGGCGAAGAAGGAUUUUUGGUGUCUGACGGUGAUUAGUCUUCUCCAGACAAGGGCGCUCAGUACCUUUGCGGAUAAAAAGAUCGGCAAUAUUACGGAUCCGUACAUCGGCUUAUGCAGAGCUGCAGCUAACGCUUGGAAAAGUGCUCAUGGGUCGUCCCCUAAACGACGCUUCGUAGCUGUGAAAGUGGCAGUUCAAGUAGUGGCGUCCACCGUUAUACUGAUUCCCCUAAGCACUCUCCAUUUGUCUGGGCCGUAUAUCUGUAGCCUUAUUUCGCUGUGGCGUCUAAUCAAGCGCGAUUACGGCAAGGCAGAUGGAGAGGCAGCAAACCUGAAGAUGGCACUGGUCGUCCUGUACUCCCUAGUUCUGCUCCAGGGCGUCGUCUUUACCUACAGUUCGAUCAGCAACUCUACGGGAUAUGAGCUAGCGAGAAUGGUGGCCAAAAAAUAUGGGUUCAGGGGUCGGGCGCGCAAAUCAGUUUUUAGCUACUAUCGAGAAACCACAUACAUGUGCCAGAAGGACCCAUCGUUGGCCUCAGGAAGGAACCUGGUUACAUAUGCUGUGGACAUGAUCAGAUCCGAGUCACCUGUCCGCUACCUUUCAGGUGCAAGGAUUCUGGACACACUUACCGGGCCCAGGAUUACAAACGUGAAAGAGGCGCAGCAGAUGCUGAUAAAACAACUGAUUGGGUCGGCAUCAUCUGUUGACAUACUUAAGAAACUGCUACUGAAACUGGACUGGAGAAACCGGUACCACGGCGAGAUCAGGGAGCGCACCGCAAGGAUAGUGGCACAACUUGCUGGCGAGAUCCGUCUCGUGCAGCUCCCCCGAGGGAUUCAGUGCAUAGCGUCCUUGCUCGAGACUUCUUCGCAGGAAGAAGAUGAGUGUACCCCACCCCAGGAGGAGGAGGAGGACGACGACGACACUAGGACCCCGCCACAGGAGAGCGAUGAUCUUAGCCCACUAGAGAACAUUAAUUACAAAGAGCUGGUACUGCAAGGCCUGUGUAUCCUUGAGAAACUCGCCGCUGCCGACGAGGACAACUGCAAAGUCAUUUGCAAAACCAGUGGUCUUCUAUCGAAGAUCAUGGCGCCUGUAACCAACGACCUAGUACACUCCAUCGACCACGAGUCAUGGUCUAGCAUCGUAGGCGCAUCACUUAAUGUGAUGUACCAGGUCGUGACUGCUCCUGGAGAGACGGGCAGCAAGGCGGGCUGUGGAAUCUCAAGCAACAAGGAAGCAAUUGGUGCCAUGCAGCGUAUUGUCAGGUGUAAAGACUGUAAAGCAGAGCUGGCUAUACCAGCCGUUAAGAUCCUCACACAUCUACCCACGGAUACAGCUUGCGGUGGUGUGCCUACCGAAAGCAGAGAAGAAUUAAUUAAGUUUCUGGUAGACAUAUUCACCGAUAAUAAAGAGGAUACCAAAAUCAGAGGACUGGCUGGUCAAAAGCUCGCGGUGCUAUCUGGAGAAAGCAAUGAUGGCACAAUUAUUUUGCGAGCAAGAGACGACGUUGUCAUCAAUCUCGCAAAAAUACUUAUAGAAGACAGAAGCAACGAAUGCAGGAUAAGUGCAGCCGGAAUUCUUGAGGGUUUCUGUAUUCAUUACACCAAUGAUAAUAAUGAUGAUGCAUGUCUCAGGAAAUCGAAGGAAAUACUGCCCGGUGUGAUGACAAAGGUGCUCUCAGAAAUACUGUAUUGUGCAUCCACAAAAGCUGGAAAGGACGCGUUCUCUGCACCAAGUACUGACAUAGAAGGGCAGCACGGUGGUAUUUUACAAGAAAAUAGCCAUGACAACAGCUCUUCCUCUCAUCAGAACGAUGGGCAGCACGGUGACAUGAAAUUGCAUGCUUCUUUGUUGUCCUUCUCUGUGACGGUAUUUGACAAAAUGAUCAGUGCAGAUCAAUAUUUGGAUGUGAUUGGGCCUAGUGAUGCUGCGAUUAGCUUCGCGAGGAAGCUCGAGGAACUGGUACAAAGAAACAAGAGACCCACACCCAACUGCCUGAGAAUGCUGAAGCUUACCAGCAAGAUGGUCAUAUCAAUGAUGAAACAUGAAGACAGCUACAUCCGAAAGAGAGAUGACCUGUGGAGAUUGAUGGAUUCUCUGUCCAUUGCUUCGAAGAAAAUGUCAGACCUGGACGGUCUCGUGCUUUUAUCUUGCGGCGAUGGUGGCUCGACCAAGACUGAGAAGUCUCUGGCUUCCCUCGUGAAAGAUGCACAAGAACUUGUCAACAGGAAGGCGCCAAAAGAAUUGGCUCGAGCUGAUGAUGAGGCCGCUCGCCUUGCCACCCUGGCCAAGGCCGACCUCGAUGCCAAGACCACGCUGUGGGCACAGACCGUCACCGUCUCAAGCGUCAAACUCCUCAUCUCCAUCACCCUCGACCUCCAAGCCGGCAACUACACCCAGUGGCGUGGCUUCUUCAAGGUCGCUCUCGAGAAACAUGCUCUCGAUGAUCAUCUGCACACUGCCACCUCCUCGUCUCUGAACGCACAAUGGCUCCACCUUGACCCCCUCAUCCGCUUAUGCCUAUACGCAGCCAUCAUGCCCGAGCUGCUCCCCAUGAUCAUGGACUCUGCGGCAUCAGCACACACGAUCUGA